UCAACUAUGCCAUUGUACAGUUGAAGAACAAAGUGAACAAACUGAGGCAGGAUUAUAGUUAGUUUAAGAAGCUAUUGGAGACAACUGGUUUUGGUUGGGAUACUGCUUCAAGAACUUGUACUGUUGAUGAUGAAUCCAUCUGGGAAUCGCAUAUUAAGGAUAACCCUACUUGGGCACGAUUUAAGAAGCACGGACUACCACAAUGGCCAGAACUAUGUAUGGUAUUUGGUGAUACAUAUGCAGACGGCGAAGGAAGUGGGACUCAAACAACCAUGUUGGAAACUUUGGGGGCCAAUGAUGCUAGGAAUAUGAUUGAGUCUUGUGAUGAGUCAAGUUCCGCUGAUGAAGUUACUCCAUUAGGUGACACUCAAACUGAAGCAGUGGAAAAAAGGCCAGUUACUAAGCAUAUGCAUGAUAGGACUCCAAAUGCGAAAAGGAGGAGGAGCAAGUCUAAUGAUUGGUCAAUGGCAUUCAAGGCAAUUCAAGAUAUUAGUAAAUCAAGGGUAGAACGAGAUGCGAGCAUGUCCACUGCUUCAACCCAAAAUGCGGAACAGAUGUAUGGAAUUACUAGGGCCAUGGAGGUGCUUGAGUCAGGAUAUGAGUUAGAUGAAGCACUAUACGAGAAAGCACUUCGGAAGUUAAUGGCUGACCCGCAAUGGAGAGAAGCAUUAAUUUCCUGCCCUCCUCAUCGGAAGUCAAUACUCCUUCGUACCCUUCAGUAGUUUGCUUCUUGAAAAGUUCUUUUAAUUAGAUAGAUUGAUAACUCUACUUGGAUUGUGCCUUGACCCUACUUUUAACUUUGAUGGUUUGCUAUGUUUUCCUUCACUUUUUAAGAUGUUAUGGAUGACUGUGUCUUGACUUUUUUUUAUAACUGUAGUAUUUGAUGUCCUGAAUAUUUGAUCAUUGUACCUUGACACUACUUUUAACUUUGAUGGUUUGCUAUGUUUUCCUUCAUUUUUUUUAAGGUGUCUUGGAUAUUUGUUCAAAA